CCUUGCACCGCGCAGUUAAUAAGAAGAUGAUGGCGAAAAUCCUUGGUUUUUGCGUCACAUUAGUCGUGUUUGCAGUCAUUUCUGAGGCCAGGCCCUAUUACGAGUACUACUCGUAUGGCGUACCCGUGGCUUGUAAUAACAGAUGUCAGCAACAGCGGUAUCAACAAUUUAAUGUUGAUGUUCAGGGUGCUUUGAACCAAAUAUUAGGAACGGUUACUCUUGCUCUGAAAUCAUUUGACAGGUACGUGCAAGUACUGGGCGAAAAACAAGGUCCCGAGAUUGUGGUCGUUGGCUCCGGACAGCAAAAUAUGAAUCGAGUAACAAUCAACGGCAAACAGUCACCGAAUACACUGUGA